AUGCUUUUUUUUAGAAAAAUAUUUAAUUUUUGUUCAUUUAAUAAUCUUUAAAUACAUGAUUCAUUAAAAGAACAAUUAAAUGCUUUAAAAAUCAAAAAACCUUCUCCUAUCUAAAAGCUUUCAAUAAACAUAUUAAAAAGUAUGAAAUAUUAAAAUUAUUACAUGGCAGCAUAAACUGGGACUGGAAAAACUUUAGCAUAUUUACUCCCAAUAAUAUCUUUGCUAAAAGAAAACACUAAUAAAAAAGCUUUAAUAAUAGCCCCUACAAAAGAGCUUUCAAAAUAAAUAGAAAAAGAAUGUUUAAAAUUAAAAUUCGUCAACAUAUAUAAUUUAUAAGGAAAAAUCAAUAAUUUAUAAAAUGAAGAGAUAUAUAACAAACAUUAACUUUUUAUAGGAAAUAAUUUAAAUCAAAUUCAAAUUUAGAAAAACCUUCUUUUUUGUGUUAUUGAUGAAAUUGAUUCUUUUAUCGAAUUUGGAUUUAAAAAUGAAUUAAAAGAAAAAAUUUUAGAGAUAUAAAAUUAAGAAACGAAGGGUAUUUUUGUAAGCGCGAACUAUAAUAAAUAAUUAAAUUAUUUUUUUUAGGAAACUUUUUAAUAAAGAAAUUAACUAAAACUUAUUCUAGAGUAAAAAACAAACCAAAAUUUAGAAAAUAUAGAACACGAAUUUGCAUUCCAUGAAAAUGAAAUUGAAAAAAAAUAAAAUUUUUAAGGACUAAUUAAAGAAUUCAAAAAUUAAAGAAUACUUGUUUUUGCAAACUCGAAUAUUUCUAUAAAUGACAUUUGUAAACUAUUACAAGAAAUUAAAUAUACUAAUUAUGUUAUUUAUAAUGGAACUUAAUAAACAGAAGAAAGGGAAUAAAGCCUUGAUAAAUUUUAGAAAUAAUAAGCCAAAAUUAUGAUAAGUACAAAUUUAGCGUCUAAAGGACUUGAUUUUCCGUUUUUAAAAUAUGUUAUUAAUUUUGAUUUUCCUAUUAAUGGAUUUGAAUAUAUAAAUAGAGCAGGAAGAACAGGAAGAGCAGGUAAAAAUGGAACUGUAAUAAGCCUCUAUGGUAAAUAAGAUGUAAAAUUAGUUGAAUAAAUAGAAAUGGAUAAAUAUAAUAUAUAAUUAUGA